AUGAUUGUCAUUGUUAUCAUUACAAUUACUACUACUACUACUAUUACUACGACUACUACGAAUACUACUACUACUACUACGACUACUAAUACUACUACUACUACGACUGCUACUACUACUACUACGACGACUACUACUACUACGACGACGACUACUACUACGACUACUACUACUACUAUUACUACGACUACUACGAAUACUACUACUUCUACUACGACUACUACUACGACUACUAAUACUACUACUACGACUGCUACUACUACUACUACGACGACGACUACUACCACGACUACUACUACUACGACUACUACUACGACUACUACUACUUCUACUACGACUACUACUACUUCUACUACUACUACGACUACGACUACGACUACUACUACGAAUACUACUACUUCUACUACUACUACUACUGCUACGACUGCUACUACUACUACUACUACUACUACUACAACGACUACUACUACGAAUACUACUACUUCUACUACUACUACGACUACUAUGACUACUACUACUACUACUACUAUUACUACGACUACUACGAAUACUACUACUUCUACUACUACUACGACUACUAAUACUACUACUACGACUGCUACUACUACUACUACGACGACUACUACUACUACUACGACGACUACUUCUACUACUACUACGACUACUACUACUACGACUACUAUGCCUACUACUACUACGACUACUAUGACUACUACUACUACGACUACUACUAUUACUACGACUACUACGAAUACUACUACUUCUACUACGACUACUACUACGACUACUAAUACUACUACUACGACUGCUACUACUACUACUACGAUGACUACUACCACGACUACUACCACUACGACUACUACUACGACUACUACUACUACUAUGACUACUACUACUACGACUACUACUAUUACUACGACUACUACGAAUACUACUACGACUACUAAUACUACUACUACGACUGCUACUACUACUACGACGACUACUACUACGACUACUACUACUUCUACUACUACUACGACUACUACUACUACUACUACGACUACUAUGACUACUACGACUACUACUACUACUACUAUUACUACGAAUACUACUACUUCUACUACGACUACUACUACGACUACUAAUACUACUACUACGACUGCUACUACUACUACUACGACGACUACUACCACGACUACUACUACUACCACUACGACUACUACUACGACUACUACUACUUCUACUACUACUACUACUACUAUGACUACGACUACUACUACUACGACGACUGCUACUACUACGACUACGACUACUAUGACUACGACUACUACUACUACGACUACUAAUACUACUACUACGACUGCUACUACUACUACUACGACGACUACUACCACGACUACUACUACUACCACUACGACUACUACUACGACUACUACUACUUCUACUACUACUACUACUACUACUACUACUACUACGACGACGACUACGACUACUAAUACUAAUACUACUACUACGACUACUACUACUACUACUACGACGACUGCUACUACGACUACUACUACUUCUACUACGACUACUACUACUAUGACUACGACUACUACUACUACGACGACUGCUACUACUACGACUACGACUACUAUGACUACGACUACUACUACUACGACUACUAAUACUACUACUACGACUGCUACUACUACUACGACUACUGUGGUGUGAGCUGCUUAUAUUGUUAUAAGUAGUAUAUAACGUGUGUUAAAAGAGCGUUAUAUCUGGCAGCAAAAGAUGGCGAUGAUAAAAAAAGCUGGAGCGAAAACCUAAUGGAAUUUGUAAGAAAACCUUGGAAAAAUGGAAUGAGAGGCAAUGGAUUCGUGUUUGCAACAGAAACAAUCCAGUUUGGUUUGAUGCGCGAAUAUUUUGCAAAUCGACGAUUUAAUAUAUGAUAUUCAGAGUUUGUUGAAAUAGACUGUAAUUGUUGUGCUAAAUACAUCCGUUUGUCCCCACCCGUGUUCUUGUUCAGUACACGACGACUACGACUACUACGAUUAUUAUUAUUAUUAUUACUAUUACUAUUGCUAUUAUUAUUAUUAUUAAUUAUAUUCCCUUACACUUUGUUGUCUUGUCUAAAUUUCGGAAAGCAAAAAUAACACCGUAGAAAUGAAAUAAAUUCGUUUUAUUUCACAUCCUCUGAAUCGUCCACGUAUGCACUAAUCUUUUUACAGAUAGAAUGUAACACGUAUUUAACAUGCGCAAGGUCAUGUAGUUUGUUGGUGAAUAACAAUUGUAACUACCUCUUAUAUUCAUACAACCCUACUUUGUAAAGGAACAAAAUAUUUGGGAGUUAGGUAGUAAUGUAAUCUACAAUGAUGAACUUACGUAACUUUUAUUAGUACAGUAGAUAAAAUGAUAAAACUAAUACUAAUGACAAAAAGCUAUAUUUAAGCCACCAUUGUGAUGGUAAAAACUAUUUGACGUAGUAUGAGAAAAUGUGGAUACUUUGGUGGCUAAAUUGAUUUAUGUUCAAACAAGACUAUGUAUCUUGAUAACGGUAAAAGUCACUUGAACAAGUAUAUGGUUCAGAAAAGAGGUCUUUUUUGAGCGAUUACUGCUCAAUGUUGCAAAUUGACUAGAGUUAUAAAUGCAGAACGGUGGAUGUCAACUCAGUGGUCUGGAAGUCAUGAGCCCGAACCCUGGUAGAAUCGUGUAUACCUACAGUGCUCAGUUGUUCCAUACUAGAAUGAAACAGUCGUUCAGUACUUCCUGGUUUUCAAUGAUUUUCCAACUAAGUUCAGUCAGUGAUGCAAAAGUGCAUAGUCUCAAUAGUCCCAUAUAAUCAGCUAUAAUCUAUCUCCUUAAUGUUCUGCUUCAAUGGUUUCAUGAAUCAAGGGGUAUUUUUUGUUUAUUUUGCUUAUGUUACCGUGACCAAUAAAUUAUUAUUAUUAGUAAACAUAUUAUACUUUCUUAUUGUGAAAAGGUAUAUGUUUGAAGUUGUAUGACUUUGAGAGGAAAGCCAUUUAAAAGAAAACCUUUUACUGAACCGAUUUCUUGUUUCAUAUUCAAAGAUUAUUAGGUUUGCAAAACGAUUUGUGCAUUACGUAAUGAUAUCUCCAGCUUGGUCCGUUCCUCUGUAAAUUGAACUUGUGCAGAUGUAAGAGGCAGUUAUAUGUAAAGUCACAUUCCUAAAACAUCUCAUAUGUAAAAAAAAUCAGUCCACAUGUGAAAGAAUCCCUGAAAUGGUGUACUAAUAUCAUGAUGGUGAUUAAUCACAUGACUAUACUUUUACAUGUGCUCUACCGAAUAGUGAAGAAUAUGGUGCGAAUGAUUCAAAUUUUUUCCUAGAGAAGACUAACAAUUGACAGGCUGUUUGUGUGCGCAUCCAAUUAUCUUUCAAGGUUAAUUGAAGUACCAGUUGAUUUACAAAGUUAAGAACCUUCACAACCAACACAACUGACUGUCUCAAACCCAAGUUUGUUCCGUUUGUUCUCUGAUUCGGAACUUUAUGACUGUCACUUGCUUACCCUCAAAUAAAAUGCAAAUUUAUCUUAUUUCUCCUUAAAUGUGUAUGGUGUUCUAUGUACACAUAGUUUAGAAUCAUUUUUACAAUAACUUUCAUCUCACUCAACUGCCCAAAGCAAUACUGGCGUAUGUUAGAAACGUCAAGUAAUGCUGACAUUAAACCUAGGACACUUAGUUAAGAUGAGACAGUGAAUCUUCAACUGAUGUGGUUAGGGGUUGUGAUCAGGAUCUAGACAUGUACUCUAGAGUAAGCAAAUUCCUUUGUCGAGCCUCCAAAGAUGACUAAUGACAAGAUUGUCUACUUGCAUUCAUUGUUGGUCAUAUCGUGGUGUUGCCGUGUCAGUCACUGUUUCUUUUCGUUUAAAGUUUAUGGUUGUUAGGACUAACCGGUUGUCUAGGUAUAUUUGCUUUUAAAAAUACUGUUAUCUGUUCGCUGAGAUGGGACACUUAGAAUCCAUCUGAUCGCUCUAUGGUUUGGUUAAGAUAUAGCCAUUAUAAUCACCUGUCAUGAUUACUGUGACUGGUCGUUUGAUUUUUUGAAAGAGAGCAGAAAGUUUUCUGUGAAACUCAUCUUCAUCUUAGCCACAGUCGGUGGGAUCCUAAGCAGAAACAAUAAUGUGUGCCCUUGUCUUUCCUUGUUCAUAAGCGAUUGUCUGGGAAUCUAGACCAAAAGGACCUAUUCCGCUUUGGAACCCUAUGAUAUACACCAAACGCUAGCAAUGUCACGAGAAGUGCCGGUUGAGUCUCCAGACGCUCGAAUAGUAGAUCAUGGUCUUUCUUCAUCCUGACUAGGUGAGGUCAAGUGAAUGACUACCCUUGAAUCCUGUAUCUGGGUUUCAAAGAGCGUGAUAUUCUGUAGUUGUAGCUAAUUAAAUCUGUUUUGACUUAAUAUUGUAACGUUGAAAGCCCAACAUGCGGUCUUAAGAGGCCAGGAAUAACAUUUCGUGAACUCGAAUUGUUAGCAUUAGUGGUGGGUAUGGAUAAAAUCAUAAAAGAAUAGGUGGAAUAAAUAAUAAGUAGUGACAAAGGGAUUCGAAAAUGAACAAGAGAAUCUUGAGUGUUGCUCGAGAUGUGUGAACAGUCGUCACUUCCUAGAUUUCUAUAUCAUGGGAGGACAUUUUUUCUUGAGUCAUCUGAAAAGAAAAUUAGAUUAUUGUUUUGGCAACUUAGGAGCAUGACUAUAGUGCUUAUGAGACAGCUACUUGAGGUCCGUCGUACACAGUCUUUGAAAAAUCUUGAUAUGUUGGCAUUAUUCUUAUUUAUGCUAAUAAAUGAUUUUCAACGACAUAUAAAGGACAGUCGCAAUUUAUAUAAUCAAGCCCUUUGACUGGUGAAAUAAUGCUAGCAUAGUCAAAGUUUCUUAUUCUUUGUGCUGAAAACGUGUCUGCACCACAACGACGUUCUUUCAAAUUUGCUAUUAGGAUAUCAUUUAUGGUGGAAUAGAAGAAAAUCAGCAAGAUUAAUUAAUCGUACCGACCACAUUACCAACUUAGGAGAGUGUUAUAAUUAGAACAGCGUAAAGUCGAUUGGUUACUGCUUUUUUAAACAAGAUUGAUCAAAUAAUGGAAGAAUAGCCAAUCUAAUAUUUGAGAUGGUUGAGAAGAUUUGUAGCUCAGGUGGAUGAUUUGGGUGGAGUUUUGUUCUCUGAGCUGGGUGGUUUGGUCGUGGAGCUGUCAUCGUUCUUCUGAACGACAUCAUCAGCACAAACUUCAAAUAGAAGUCAAGUGUUUGAAAUUCAAACACUUGACUUCUAUACAGACAUUGAAUAUACAACCUAAUUUCAAUUUAUAUUUAUCAAAUUCCCUUGUACAUAUUUUUUAGGGGUUAUGUAUCCAUCGGUCAACCCAAUAUCUUUUACCACUACUUUGGCAUUCCUGAUAGUUCUAGCCGACUAUGCUGAUGUGGCUUGACAACUUGUACCGAUGUUAAUUAUGUCUGACAUGCAGAAAUACAUACCAUUUUGUUAGGAUGGGAUCGGUAAACAUGGAAAGGAAGUGGUUAAUCAAACUUCUUAAAAGUUGUCAGCUCAUUUCUGUUAUGAACUACAAUUAUAACUAGUGCUACUUAUUGAGCGAUUUGAUAUUUGUGUAAUCGGCUCUGAACCACACUCAAAAUUUAGGCAAUUUUAACUUUCGGUAAAAAAGUGUGACGUAGUGUUGGGGCUUAAAUAUAAUCCAGUUAUGGAGUUUGACUGUAAACCAUCAUUACUGUGAUAGCAAAAUUAUCACUUCUUUUUCUUUUUUAUAGAUAAGAAGAACAACAAGAUAUUUGUUUGUAAGACUCUUGUCGUAUAUUCUAUUUGGAAACGUAAUUUAAUUUAUACUUUUAAAAUUUGCUGUUAUUACUCUGUUAAGAAAAUAAAAGUACUAAAC